UAGAACAAAAGAGGAGAACGAGCGACAACGUCAACUACUGGACGCUCUUUUCAACAAACAUCAACAAACAGACGUGAGUGAAGAACAUCUUCCCCUGGAGCAGCAGGAGUGGAACUCCAGGUUGGCGCAGGAGGAGCCGCAGACCCCCCACAUUAAAGAGGAAUAUGAGGAGCCACAGCCACCCUACCUUAAAGUGGAAACGGUGGAUGGUCACAUCAGUCAGGAGGGAGGACAUCAUGACGGAUUCCAGGAGUUCCCCUUGAUUGGGGACGAGGUCAAAGGUGAAAGUGCGGAGAGAAGAGAGGCGGAGCCUCCGAGCAGCAGCUCCAGUCAACACAUGACAGACGGCAACACACAUUUUAGAUGUUCUCCCUACGAGAAAAGUAUUGUCAGUGAGAGAAAUCUAAACCAACACAUGGCCGCGCACAAAGGAGUGAAACCAUUCAAGUGCUUAGUUUGUGGCAAAGAUUUUGGACGAAGCUACGAGUUAAAAAUUCACAUGAGGAAACAUACGGGGGAGAAACCCUACACGUGCACAGUCUGCGCCAAAGGUUUUUCUCAGAAGGGACAUUUUACCGCGCACGCCAGGAUACACACCGGAGAAAAACCCUUCACGUGUUCACUGUGCGGCAAAAGUUUUGUGCGUAAUCACGAUCUGAAGUUGCACGUGCGAAGGCACGUGGGGGAAAAGCGCUACUCGUGUUUGAUUUGCAGCAAACGCUUCUGCGACAGAACGCCGUUUGUGAUCCACAUGAGGACGCACACGGGCGAGAAGGUGUUCAGGUGCAGUGUGUGCGACCAAAGGUUCUCUUACAAAUACCAGCUGGACAAUCACAAGUGUGUUGAUGACACCAGCAGCAGGAAAUGAACUUUGACAACUUUCUUCUUAUCAACGAAGUUUAUCCUGCUUUUAGCAAGCCGGUCUGUUAGCAGUUAGCAUCUUUUUCCUGCUCUUGUUUGCUUUCUUCUGUUUGUCUUAGACUGAUUUACUAAUAUUUACAGUGGUGGUCAAAAGUGUACAUACUAGGGAUGUCCCGAUCCGAUAUUUGGAUCGGAUCGGCCGCCGAUAUUUGCAAAAAAAAAUGCGUAUCGGCAAAGCAUGGAUCCAGUUUUUAAAAAACUCCGGUCCGUGUUUUCCAACGCACCGAUUUAAAUAAUACAUUCCACUUUUCUGCUGCGCCCUAAUUUCCGUUCCGCAUUUUCCAGCACACC